CGAGAAAGGCUCCCGGUCGUUGCCUGGAGGACCGCGGCCACAGGGAGCCCGAGCGGGCGCUGGAGCGCGAGCGGCUGUCGUGCAGGCGUCUGGCCCCGGGGGCCGCGGCUGCAGGGGGGGGUGGGAAACCGCGGCGGGAGCAGCCUCGAGCCGCGCAGCCGGCUCCCGCACGUUGCCGAGGCUCGCGAGCGCCGCCGCGGCUGACUUGGGGGCCGCGCGCCGGGGGUCGCAGACGUCCACACCUGCGCGGGCGGCGGGUCCGGCCAGCCGCGGGCGGGCGGGCGCUGCACGCAGGGGCUCACCCGCUGCCCCCUCCCCCGAGCUCGGCCACCUCCUCGCCCCGCGGCCGCCCGCUGGAAGAUGUCUCAGGAGAGGCCCACGUUCUACCGGCAGGAGCUGAAUAAGACCAUCUGGGAGGUGCCCGAGCGAUACCAGAACCUGUCCCCGGUGGGCUCGGGCGCCUACGGCUCGGUGUGUGCUGCCUUUGAUACAAAGACGGGCCAUCGUGUGGCCGUGAAGAAGCUGUCCAGACCCUUUCAGUCCAUCAUCCAUGCCAAGAGGACCUACAGAGAGCUGCGCCUGCUGAAGCACAUGAAACACGAGAAUGUCAUUGGUCUGCUGGACGUGUUUACACCCGCAAGGUCCCUGGAGGAAUUCAACGACGUGUACCUGGUGACCCAUCUCAUGGGGGCAGACCUGAACAACAUCGUGAAGUGUCAGAAGCUUACCGAUGACCACGUUCAGUUCCUUAUCUACCAGAUCCUCCGAGGGCUGAAGUAUAUACAUUCAGCUGACAUAAUCCACAGGGACCUGAAGCCCAGUAACCUAGCUGUGAACGAAGACUGUGAGCUGAAGAUUCUGGAUUUCGGACUGGCUCGGCACACUGAUGACGAAAUGACAGGCUAUGUGGCUACCAGGUGGUACAGAGCCCCUGAGAUCAUGCUGAACUGGAUGCACUACAACCAGACAGUGGAUAUUUGGUCCGUGGGCUGCAUCAUGGCUGAGCUGUUGACCGGAAGAACACUGUUUCCUGGUACAGACCAUAUUAACCAGCUUCAGCAGAUAAUGCGUCUGACGGGGACACCCCCUGCUUAUCUCAUUAACAGGAUGCCAAGCCAUGAGGCAAGAAACUACAUUCAGUCCCUGGCCCAGAUGCCGAAGAUGAACUUUGCAAACGUGUUUAUUGGCGCCAACCCCCUGGCUGUGGACCUGCUGGAAAAGAUGCUCGUUUUGGACUCGGACAAGAGGAUCACAGCGGCCCAAGCACUUGCGCAUGCCUACUUUGCCCAGUACCACGACCCUGACGACGAGCCUGUGGCCGACCCUUAUGACCAGUCCUUUGAAAGCAGGGAUCUCCUUAUAGAUGAGUGGAAAAGCCUGACCUACGACGAGGUCAUCAGCUUCGAGCCACCACCCCUUGACCAAGAAGAAAUGGAGUCCUGAGCACCUGGUCUCUGCUGUGUGAUCCACUUCACUGUGAGGGGAAGGCCUUCUCGUGGAAACUCUCCAAAUAUCAUUCAAGUGCCUCUUGUUGAAAGAUUCCUUCAUGGUGGAAGGGGGUGCAUGUACACGCGUUGUGUUUGUGUGUGUGUGUGUCUGUCUGUCUGUGUGUCUGACUUUGUGACUGGAAGUCACUGCUCGCAGUGACUUCAGCGAGUGGUGUGUGCCCCGUGGCAGCCUCUGCCCGCUUUCUCGGCGUCUGCGCAGGCGUAUGGGACCUGCUGUCUUGUUAGGGAUAUGCUAAGUGCAAAGUAAGAAGUAGUCGGCAUCCCUGCUCCUGGUUACACUUUUGCCACUCUGGCUUCUGCUGUGGCCCAGCCUUUACCACACACCUCAGUGGUACAGACAGGCCAUCCCCCAGUCAUGCAUACGGCCGGAAAGGACCAACCGGCUCCCGAGCUCUAGCCUGUGACUGGCUUGCUGAUGGUCCUCAGAGCCUGACCGGUGUGCUCAAAGCCGUCAGUCUGUUUGUGCCUUAAACAGAGAAGGACGCAUAGGCAGAGAACCGCAGCUCUGAACCCGGUGAGUGCACAGGGCUGGUGGGCAGCCACUGGUGAGCUGGGAGAGAAAUUAGGCAGCCUUCAAGGAGGCCUCGUGUGUGUGCGUGUGCGUGUGUGUACGCGCAGGAGCAUGUAUGUGUGUGUGUGUGACCGCCCUCCCUCUCCUAGGAGCGAGCGGAAUCUAUGCUUACCCUUCACCUCAGUGCAGAGGUCCCCAGGAGCAGGCGCAGGUUCCUGCUGUCGGCCGCUUCCCGUGUGCCCCUCCCACCUGGCAGAGUGCAGGUGUGCUUGCAUGCCGCGCUCUUGGAGCUUCCACGGUCCCUUCCUAGUCUGUCCUCUUCGGGAAGCCCUGGGACUGCCGGGCAUGGAGGGACUUCCUGGCAGUUCCCGUCCACCUUGCCUCAGCUGGUGCCGUGGGCACGCUACUGCCUCCUCACCCCAGCGCUGCUUUGUGUUGAACACAGCUGACCCUCCAGGUGCUUGUGCGAGGAGACACAGGACUGAGAGCACCUGAACUCUUGCCAUCUGACUGCCAUCAUUCGGGGGAAGAGAGGCCUCUCCUGAGAAUGUCCCCAGCUCUGGAAAUCAUGCUCUCCUCACUUGUAAUAACCAGCUAAGGAACGCUGAACCAAAGUGAGGAACAAAGGCUCGUGAGGCCGGGACUCCCUUCUGUCUUUCUCAAAAUAGGGUUGUCAAGAACAAAACGAGGCAGGCUCCAGCGUCGCCCAUGCGCAGAAGGGUCCUCCCGGCAGCUUGGCACUGACUGGUUCUCCAUCUUGGGGUUGUCUGGGGAGAUAUCAACUUUGUCUUGGGAUUUUGUGUGUUGUAGGAAUUCUUGGAGAAUGUGAUUCCUUCUGAUGGGAAGAAAGGGCAAAUUAUUUUAAUGUUUUGUAUUUUCACCUUUAUAAAGAUGAAAUCCUCAGGGUGAAGAAAUGUUUGCAUAGUUUCCUGGAUUUCGGGCACUUUGUGCUGUAUGAGGACCUAUAUAUUUAAGCCUUUUGUGUAGUAAGAAAAUGAAAAGCCAAUUCCAGUGUUGGCCGUGACAGGUCUUGUAUUUAGGUGAAGGUGUCUCCAUUCUCUAUCAGGUCAGGGUCCUGGUGGGAAGGGUAGGACCCUGCAUCAUCUGGAGCCCAGAAGGAUGCAGACUGGCCAGGCCUUACCACCUCAGUAUGCAAUUGAGCUCACCACCACCCCAGCAAGAUGCAUUCUAGUGGCCAUGUCUGGUUAUGAAGGCAAGUGUAAUUUCCAACAAGAUUCUGCUCGGAUUACUUACUUUAUUGAAGUUGUCUUUGCACAUGUGACCAUGCUGUGUUAAGAGGCCCUGCUCCAGGGCCUGGACUCACGGAGCUGACAGAAGAGCUCCCAGCAUCCACAGCGAAAUGCUGCCAUCUCCCAGUUUCUCUAUCAGCAGACAAGGGAAUAAGGGAACUGCUGUUUUGUUUGUGUUCAUGAACUUGGCUGUAGGCCUGUAUGCCAUAGGAUGUCAGACAACACCACUGGUUAAAAUAAAGCCUAUUUUUCAAAUUCA